AUGAAGGAUUUCAAUUUAGAUCUAUUUGAGUCAGAAACGAUGACGGAAUCCUCCUCUUUCCAUUACUCUCGUAGUGCUUCUUCUUCCGAUCUUGAUUUUGGAUUCGCCUUCAAUGACAGUAAUUUCUCCGACAGGAUUCUUUGUAUUGAGAUCAUCGAUGACCUCGUCGAGGCUCCACCUAAUAAUGAGCCUUGCACCACAAUUCUCAAUUGUGCUCGCCCCCACGAUAGGAAACAUGACGAUACCAAGAAGGAUAAUGUUGUUGAUCUUACUUUAUUGCCCGAUGAACAAAUUUUGAAUGAAAAUCAACUUGAUAUGGAUGAAUUUGUAUCCUCGGAAAAUCAAGAUGACGAGACAAUUACAAUGGUUGAAGAAUUCUCUUCAGGUGAUGAAUCGACAAAUAUUAAUGAUUCAAAUUGGAAUAUGGAUUGCUCUACGGUUGUGAGAGUUAAAACACUACACAUCAGUUCUCCUAUCUUGGCAGCUAAAAGUCCUUUCUUCUACAAGCUUUUCUCAAAUGGAAUGAAGGAAUCAGAGCAGAGGCAAGUCACCUUGAGAAUCAAUGUUUCUGAGGAAGUUGCUCUUAUGGAACUUUUACAUUUUAUGUAUAGUAAUACCUUAAACGUUACUUCACCACUUGAAAUAAUGGAUGUGUUGAUGGCUGCUGACAAAUUCGAAGUUGCUUCCUGCAUGAAAUUUUGUAGUCGAUUAUUGCAAAUUAUACCCAUGACACCCGAGUCUGCAUUGCUUUACCUUGAGCUUCCUUUUAGUGUCUUAAUGGCUGAUGCAGUUCAACCAUUAACUGAUGCAGCGAAACAAUAUCUUGUGGAUCGAUACAAAGAUCUAACAAAGUUCCAAGAAGAGGCUAUGAACUUGCCACUAGUUGGACUAGAAGUAAUAUUGUCCAGUGAUGAACUCCAGGUUGCAUCAGAGGAUGCUGUAUAUGACUUUUUGUUGAAGUGGGUUCGAACACGGUACCAAAAAGUAGAAGAAAGGAGAGAAGUUAUGGGUACACGACUGGCUCGUUUAAUUCGCUUCCCUUAUAUGACAUGUCGAAAGCUGAAGAAAGUUUUAUCAUGCAAUGACUUUGACCAUAAUGUUUCAUCAAAGCUUGUACUUGAAGCCCUCCUUUUCAAGGCUGAGGCUCCAUAUCGUCAGCGGAUACUAGCCGCCGAGUGUAGUUCCUUCAGUCGGAUUUGUGUGGAGCGAGCAUACAAGUAUCGCCCUGUUAAGGUGGUGGAGUUUGAACUUCCACAACAACAGUGUGUGGUUUACUUAGAUCUAAAGCGAGAAGAGUGUGCCAAUUUGUAUCCAUCUGGCCGAAUUUAUUCGCAAGCAUUCCAUUUGGGUGGACAAGGGUUCUUUUUAUCAGCUCAUUGCAACAUGGACCAACAAAGCUCUUCCCAUUGCUUUGGUUUGUUUUUGGGAAUGCAGGAAAAAGGCUCUGUUAGCUUUGCGAUUGAUUAUGAAUUUGCUGCGAGGUCAAGACCAACAGAGGAAUUUGUGAGCAAGUAUAAAGGCAAUUAUGUUUUCACUGGGGGAAAGGCUGUUGGCUAUAGAAACUUAUUUGCUAUUCCAUGGACAACCUUCAUGGCUGAAGAUAGUCUAUACUUUAUCAAUGAUGUCCUCCACCUUAGAGCUGAACUUACCAUCAGACAUUGA